UAAAUCUUUUCUUGUGUAUUAUACAAGUCACAUUAAAAAUAAACAUUAAAAAACUAAUACGUGGAGUGACCUUCCUCGUAUAUACGACCCAAACAUCUUAAUUUUUAUUUUUUCAAUUUGAUGCAAUAGCAAAGAUCAACUAAGAAUUACAUGAAACUUGUUCCAUAAUAUAAGCAUGUGCUAUUUAUAAAAUAUUAAAGUUUAUAAUAAUAUAUUUCCUCUAUUAUUUUUUAGAAUAAGUUGUAUAAAAGGUCACAUAAAAAUAUAAGUUAGUAAUUUAGAUACGUAGAAAGACGUAGGCGGUAAAUCGAACAAUCACAGUUGAAAAAGCAAGAUGCAGCCUGGAAAAACAUAUGGCAGCCAUAGAAAAACGUUAGCAUUUUUUUCACACAUUAUGGAUAAUAAACAAAAUGUGGAAAAUAAAGCACAUAGAACAUCAAUACAAAGUUUCUACGCUGGACAGUCAGUCUUUAUUACAGGGGGCACCGGAUUUCUCGGAAAGGUAUUAAUCGAAAAACUACUACGGAGCUGCUCCGACAUUGAAGCAAUAUAUUUACUGAUACGUCCAAAGAAAGAUAAAAGUCCCGAAACUCGACUGGACGAAAUGUUUAACAGUAUAAUUUAUGCUCGAGUAAGAGAGGAAGUACCCAAUUUUCGCAAAAAAAUCAUACCAAUCAUGGGUGAUUUAAAAAUCGACGGCUUAGAAUUGUCAGAAAAUGAGAAAGAUAUAUUGACACGUAAGGUAUCCAUAAUUUUUCAUCUGGCAGCGAAUACACGUUUCGAAGAAAAAAUCAAAGUUUCUACAAUAAUAAACGUGAAUUCUAUCGAUACCAUUUUGAAUUUUGUUAAACAUAUGCCAAAUUUAAAGUCAUUCAUUUACGUAUCAACCGCAUAUUCGAAUUAUCAUAUAAAAUAUAUCGAUGAACGUUUCUAUACAUAUCCUAUUAAACACAAAGAUCUCAUUACAUUGACACAUACUUUAUCCGAAAACGAAAUGGAGAAGAAGGUGACCGAGAUUGCCUCACAAUGGCCAAAUACAUAUACAUUUACGAAAGCGAUUGCAGAAGCGCUUCUAAGAGAGGAAGGCAGAGGUUUACCAAUAGGAAUACUUCGACCUGGCAUAAUCACAUCUAGCGCUAAUGAACCGCUCAUCGGAUGGGCCGAUAAUAUCUAUGGACAAAUAGGAGGUACAAUAUUUCUGGCACACGGUUUACAAAGAUUUCAAUUAGGAGAUGGUAAUUUGAAAAUGUGUACGGUGCCUGUCGAUUUCACUGCAAAUGCUCUAAUUGCUAGUGCAUGGGAUGUCUUCAACCAGUGGAAGAAAGGAGAGACUGCAUUGAUUUAUAAUUUUGUAUCAAUUGAUACAAACCCACCGACUUGGAAUGAAUAUAUUAAUAAAAUGACUUCCUUAAGUAAAUUGUAUCCUGUAAAAAAAAUACUAUGGAUACCGUUUUAUAAAUUCAUACCACAAAAAAUAUUGUAUAAAAUUUGUAUUUGGUUUGGUCAUUUGCUCCCAGCGAUUCUAAUGGACGCCGUAUAUAUUUGUAUGUACCAUCGUCCGAGAAUGUGGAAAUUAUAUACGAAAAUCCACAAAUAUUCCGACGCAGUGGCUUGCUUUGCUCUAAAGCAUUUGGAUUUUUCCCUUCACAACGUUGAAGCGAUGUGGAAUCGGCUAAGUGAGAAAGAUCAGCAAUUAUUUAAAUUUCAAAUGAAAGAAUUUGACUGGACGGAAUACUUUGUUAAUCUUUACAAGGGCAUCCGACUUUAUCUGCUCAAAGAAGACGAUAGUACUUUAGAAAUCAGUCGUAUUAGAUAUAAAAGACUUUACUCAAUUCAUCGAACGUUCAAAACUGUACUCAUCUUUGCUAUCCUUUGGAUCGUCUGGUGUAUAUUUGUAAAAAUAUUUUUUAUGUUAACUUUACGUACUAUGGAUAAUAAAUACGUGAAAAAUGAAGCAUAUAGAACAUCGAUACAAAAUUUUUACGCUGGACAAUCAGUCUUCAUUACAGGGGGCACCGGAUUUCUCGGAAAGGCUUUAAUCGAAAAAUUAUUACGGAGCUGUUCCGAUAUUACAACGAUAUAUUUAUUAAUACGUCCGAAAGAAAAUCAAAGUUCCGAACGUCGAUUGGACGAAAUGUUUAAGAAUGUGCUUUAUGAUCGAGUGAAAGAGGAAGUACCCAAUUUCCGCAAAAAAAUUUUGCCAAUCAUAGGGGAUCUUGAAAUUGACGGCUUAGGAUUAUCGGAAAAUGACAAGAACAUAUUAAUACGUGAGGUAUCCAUAAUUUUUCAUGUGGCAGCAAAUGUACGUUUUGAAGAAAAAUUUAAAGUUUCUACAAUAAUAAACGUGAAUUCUACCGAUACGAUUUUAAAUAUUGCUAAACGUAUGCCAAACUUAAAGUCAUUUAUUCACGUAUCAACCGCAUAUUCGAAUUGUCAUUUAAAAUAUAUCGACGAAUGUUUCUACACAUAUCCUAUUAAUCACAAAGAUCUCAUUACAUUUUCACGUACUUUAUCGGAAAAUGAAAUGGAGAAGAAGGUAACCAAAAUCGCCUCACAAUGGCCGAAUACAUAUACAUUCACUAAAGCAAUUGCAGAAGCGCUUCUCAGAGACGAAUGUGGAAAUUUACCAAUAGGAAUAUAUCGACCUGCCAUAAUUACAAAUAGCGCUAAUGAACCACUCGCUGGAUGGAUCGAUAAUCUUUAUGGACCAAGUGGAAUUAUAAUACCUGCGGCAGCCGGUUUACAGAGAUUUCAAUUAGCAAAUGGAAAUUUGGUAACAAAUAUAGUACCCGUUGAUUUCACUGCAAAUGCUUUAAUUGCCAGCGCAUGGGAUGUCUUUAACCAAUGGAAAAAAGGAGAGACUACAUUAAUUUAUAAUUUUGUAUCAAUGGAUUCGCCGACUUGGUAUGAAUAUGUUAAUAAAAUGUUUUCUUUAAAUAAAUUGUACCCUUUCAAAGAGGCAAUAUGGAUACCAUUUUUCAAAUUAAUACCACACAAAGUAUUGUAUAAAAUUUGUAUUUGGCUUGGUCAUUUGCUCCCAGCGUUUCUAAUGGACGCCGUAAAUAUCUGCAUGAACCGUCGUCCGAGAUUGUGGAAAUUAUAUAGGAAGAUCCACAAAUAUUCCAACGCAAUCGCACCCUUCAUGUUGAAUCGGUUCAAUUUCUCUGAUCACAAUGUUGACGCAAUGUGGAAUCGGCUGAGUGACAAAGAUCAGCAAUUGUUUGAGUUCCAUAUGAAAGGUUUUGACUGGAUGAAGUACCUCGUUGAUCAUUACAAGGGCAUACGCCUCUAUCUAGUCAAAGAAGACGAUAGUACUUUGGAAAUCAGUCGUAGUAGAUAUAAAAGAUUUUACUUGAUUCAUCAAACGUUCAAAAUUGUACUUACAUUUGUUAUUCUCUGGAUCAUCUGGAGUAUAUUUGCGAAAAUACUUAUAUAACGUUAAUCUGUACAAAAUGAAGAGGAGAAUCUUAUUUAUUAAUUUUAUAUUAAUGUCUAAUAUUUAUUUUGCAUAACGCAUAAAGAACUUUUACAAAAAUAUUUCUUUAAAACAGAUAAUAAUUUGAUGAGUAAGUAGCUUAAAAUUAAUUAAUUCUUCAUAUAUACUAAUCAAACUGUAAGCUCUCUAAUUAUAUUAUAUAAUAUAAUUAAUAAAGUAAUAAAAACGGGACA